GUUAGCAUGGUGGCGAGGAGUUAGAAACGAGCCGGACACUAAAAGUUUUUUUUAAGUACCGCGUGGAGUUUUAGUUUGUGAAACUUCAACUUUGCAGGAUGUUCUCAUCGGUCUGGAGUUUUAUUAAACGCCACAAGAGGAAGUUUAUUUUUACCGGCGUGGUAGUUGGAGGUGUGUACGUCCUGGGUAAAUAUGCCCAGAAGAAGAUGGGCGAGUUCCAGGAGAACGAGGCGACGGAGUACAUCGCUCAGGCCCGACGGCAGUUCCACUUCGAGAGCAACCAGAGGACCUGCAACAUGACGGUGCUGUCGAUGCUCCCUCCGCUGAAAGAAGCCGUCGUCAACCAGCUGAACUCGGAGAGCCUCACCGCACUCCUCAAGGCCAAACCGGCCAACAAGCUGGAGAUCUGGGAGGAUUUAAAGAUCAUCAGUUUCACCCGCACCAUCGUGGCGGUCUACAGCACCUGCAUGCUGGUGGUUCUGCUGAGGGUCCAGUUGAACAUCAUCGGGGGGUACCUGUACCUGGACCACUCCGUGGGCAAGAGCACCGCGACCCCUCUGGCUCCUCCGGAGGUCCAGCAGCAGUACCUGUCCAGUAUCCAACACCUGCUGGGAGACGGUUUGAUAGCGUUGAUGACCGUCGUAAAGAAAGCGGUGCAGAGAUCUCUGGGAGGCGUUUCCCUGAAGCAGAGUCUGUCUCUACUGGAGCUGGAGCAGCAGCUGAGCUGGAUCCGGGCGGAGGUGGAGGCCGAGGAGGAGCGGCCGAUGUCCUGGUACAUGCUGGCCGACGCCGAGGACGCGCUCGCCGACCAGGCGUGCGGUCUGACAGGAAACGACCUCGCGACGAUCAAACUGCUGAACGAGACGAGAGACAUGCUGGACAGUCCAGACUUCACCACCGUCCUCAACGUUACUCUAAACCGCGGUUUCUCUCGUCUCCUUGACGACCUGGCCGAGUUCUUCCGCCCGCCUCCCGGUGACUCCGCCUCCUGCUUUGCACCCGAUAGUCUGGCUGCAGUCAGUCUGCCGCUGGCCAAAAUCAUCCCCAUCGUCAACGGUCAGAUCAACUCCAUCUGCAGUGAGACGCCGAGCCACUUCGUCCAGGACCUGCUGAUGAACGACCAGGUGAAGGAGUUCGCAGCCAACGUCUACGAGACAUUCAGCGCUCCACAGGAGCUGCAGAAAUAACCCACCAGGCGUGAAGAGGAGGAGGAGGAAGAGGAGCAGGAGGAAAGAGGGAUGAAAAACCGUCAUCCCUCUUUCCUUUCUGCGAGACUCUCUUCUCCUCCGAACCCCGAAGACUUUUCUCUCAGAAACAACGAGUCCUUCCUGUGGAUCUUGAAGAGACUUAAAAAACCCUCGGACCACACUGCAUUCUGGGAAGUGGAGUCUUAUCUACCCCCGUGAGAAGGGGAGGGAACAACGCACGCCGAGACCGGCGGCAAAGCGCCAUGAAGGAUCUAUCGGCGCCGUUCUCCGUUUCUUCAGACGAGGUGACGCGUCACUUUAUUCUGCUGAUGUGACAUCUUUAGGAUAUUUUUUCCCUCUUUUCUCUGUCAUUCUUUUCUUUCACGGUUCCAGCUGUUUUCUGUUUUCUGUCCCCGCCUUACUCUUCCAUGACUACGUUCAGGUGUCGGAGGACCGAAGGCGCUCGGCGGGGUUUCAUUAAAUAGGUUUUCGGUGCUAAAAUUCUAGAUUGAGGAAUAUAUAUAAUUUAUUUUUUUUAUUAGAAAGGAAAUUCAACUAAAUUCGACGGCCUGUGAGGUCCAUUUGGGUAGAUUACACAUUUUAAAAACACAAUUUAGAGAGUGAGAUUGAUCGACUCCACGUGAAUGAUGCAGACGGCGGUGACGUGAAGUACCUGUUGUUCUUCUUUUGGCCAGGAGGGGGCACUGUUGUCUCUGUUGUUGGCCUCCUCUCAUGAAGGCUUCCAACAGUUUCUUCCUGUUUGUUAAUCACAUGCUGCUAUCACCUGAGGAAUUACACCCUAAAACUACACUACAUUUUUGUAUUUUUCCUCACAAAUGGGAGAUUAUAUUAAUUUGUGUUUCCACCGCUUCUUUGAGUUGUUGUAGAAUUUUUGCCCACCAGGUCUGACUGGAUGUGACGACUCAAAUCAACCUAAAACAAUAUCUUGGACCCGUGUGUUACUGGAAACCAGUGGUUCUGAGUCGUGCUGCAGAAAAUGGGGGACUCAUAAUAAUAAUAUUAAUAAAUCCGCUGAAGUCCAAUGAUAAAAGCAUAAAGCCAAGUCAAAAAGUUCUGAAACGUACGGUCGAUGGUGGUUUCUGUUCGUUUGCUCUCGGGGGGAGAGAGGACGUCAGGUGACGGGUUUCGGCUCCACCGAUUGGCCGGAAUGUGAAUCUCUACGUAUUGAUCGACGUGAUGCCUUUUUGAAGCGUGACGUCCUGAAUGGAAGCUAACGAUGUGUGUUUGUAGAAAUCUAUCGAAGAGAUAAUAAAGUAUGAUUUAAAUAUA